AUGCCGCCUUUUAGGAGAAAGAAGGCUUCUAAGUCAUUCCCAGUCAAAGUUUGUACUUUGGAUGCAGAGUUAGAGUUCAACCUUGAGUGGCGUGCAACUGGACGUGACCUUUUUGACCUGGUGUGUAGAACCAUAGGUCUUAGGGAAACAUGGUUCUUUGGACUGCAGUUCGAAGAUACAAAACACUUUAUAAGUUGGUUGAAAUUAGACAAAAGGGUGCAAGAUCAAUGUGUCUCACAAAUGCCUGGUACACCAUUUAUGUUACUUUGCAAGCUGUACCCAGAGGAUGUGGCAGAGGAGUUGAUACAGGAGGUUACCCAGCAUCUGCUGUUCCUGCAAGUAAAGCAAGCAAUACUCAGCAUGGACAUUUACUGCCCUCCAGAAGCCUCAGUUCUGUUGGCAAGCUAUGCGGUGCAGGCUAAGUACGGCGAUUAUGAUGAAAGUGCGUACAAACCGGGGAUGCUCGCGAGUGAAGACUUGUUACCUCAGCGGGUCAUAGAUCAAUAUCAGAUGACGCCGGAGAUGUGGGAGGACCGCAUUAAGAUAUGGUAUGCAGAUCACAAAGGAAUGUCCAGAGAUGAAGCGGAGAUGGAGUAUCUGAAAAUAGCUCAAGACUUGGACAUGUAUGGGGUUAACUACUUUGCGAUCAAUAACAAAAAAGAAACAGAUCUUUACCUCGGUGUGACGGCGCUCGGUCUAAACAUAUACGAGAAGGACAAUAAGCUUACACCAAAGACCACAUUUCCCUGGUCCGAGAUCAAGCACAUCUCCUUCGACGACAAGAAAUUCGUCAUCAAGUUCGUGGACAAGAGCGUCACCAAUUUUAUCUUCUUCUCACCCAAAGGAAUGAAUAAAUUGAUAUUGGAUUUGUGCAUCGGUAACCACGACCUGUAUAUGAGGCGGCGGAAACCAGACACGAUGGAGGUGCAACAAAUGAAGGCGCAAGCGAAAGAAGAAAAGCAGCGUCGUCAAAUAGAACGAAAUAAGUUAGCGCGUGAGAAGCAACUACGGGAAGCAGCAGAAAGAGAAAGAACAGCUAUGGAGCAGAGAUUGCUACAAUAUCAGGAGGAGAUACGGCUCGCUAACGAAGCACUGCGUCGAUCGGAAGAGACUGCGGAGUUGCUAGCGGAGAAGGGCAGAGUGGCAGAAGAAGAGGCAUCGCUACUCGCUCAGAAGGCGGCAGAUGUUGAGAGGGAGAACGCAAGACUACGGUUGUCUGCUAUUAAGACUGAGGAGGAAAAGGUGCACUUAGAACGGAAGACCCGAGAGGCAGAGUUCUUAACAGCGCGUCUCGUAGAAGAGUCGGAGAAACGUGCGGCCGAAGCAGAAAGGCUGAAGGCGGAACUGGUCGCCGCCAAGGUCGCGGAGAAGCAGGCCAAGGAGAAGCUCAUCAACUUCCUCAGCAGGGCUUCCACCGGCUCAUUGCCUCCGCCGUCGUCCGUGCAGUCAAGUCUGUUUCCGUCGACGUGUUCCUUGCCCGCCGAGUUGGGGGACCCGCGGGUGGGGGGUGCUGUUGCUGGCGGUGCGGGGGGUGCAGGCGCGGUGGGGGGCAUCGGCGCAGGGGGCGCGGGGGGAGCGGCCGUGCCGCACAACGGCGCCGCGGAGCCCGACCUCAACUCCUACCAGCUGGUGCCCGAUGACUCCGACCCGCACAUACAUCGAUUGUCUCUCGAGAUCGAGAAGGAGAGGGUGGAGUACCUGGCGAAGUCGAAGCACCUGCAGGCGCAGCUGGAGUCGCUGCGCUGCGAGUUCUCGGUGCUGCGCGGCGAGGGCGGCGAGGCUGUGGGUGGGGGCGCGGGGGAGGGCGGCGAGGCGGCGCUGGACCGGCUGCACGAGGCGGCGGCGCGCGCCGGCCUGGACAAGUACUCGACGCUGCGCCGCCUCAAGCAGGGCGCGCCCAGCGCACGCGUCGCCUUCUACGAGGACCUCUGA